AUGGACUCUUUAGACGUAGAUCCAACCAGAAAAUUGCACGUGGUGGCGAUGCCUUACCCCGGAAGGGGCCAUAUCAACCCCAUGAUGAACCUCUGCAAGCUCAUAGCCUCACGCCGAGCCUACAUAGUUAUCACAUUCAUCGUCACUGAAGAGUGGCGCGGCUUCCUCAGCUCCGACUCCAAGCCGGCUAAUAUACGCUUUCGCACAAUCCCCAACGUUAUUCCGUCGGAGCUGGUUCGGGCCAAAGACUUCCCCGGAUUCCAGAAAGCUACGGUGACGGAGAUGGAAGCUCCGGUGGAGCAGCUAUUGGAUCAGCUUGAGCCCCCGAAGCCUAGUGUUAUAAUAUACGAUAUUUAUUUGGGUUGGGUGGUGGGGCUUGGGAGUCGUAGGAAUAUUCCGGUGGCUUCGCUUUGGACUAUGUCGGCGGUGGUUUUCUCGAUGUUUCAUCACUAUGAUAUUCUUGUUCAAAAUGGGCAUGUUCCAGCAAAUUUGUCUGAAAGAGGAAAGGAGAUAAUAGACUACAUACCUGGAGUUGCUUCAACGCUCAUAGCUGAUCUUCCAACUUUCCUGAAGCUCCAUGACAAAGGCUUAGAUCAAGUUCUGUAUCGAGCCAUGGAUGCCAUUUCGCGUGUUCCCAAUGCACAAUAUCUUCUGUUCACUUCAUUCUACGAGCUUGAACGUCAAGUCAUUGACACUUUAAAACCAAAAUUUUCAUUACCCAUCUACUCUAUCGGUCCUGCAAUACCCUACUUUGAAUUUGGAGAUAAUCGCUCUCCAAUAACUGGUCACAGUGAGCCCGAUUAUAUGAAAUGGUUAGAUGUUCAACCUAGAGGUUCUGUCUUGUACAUUUCACAGGGGAGCUUCCUUUCUGUUUCUAGUGCCCAGUUGGAUGAAAUUGUUGCCGGAAUUCAUGAUAGUGGUGUUCGAUACCUUUGGGUAGCUCGUGGAGAAAUCUCGAGGUUUAAAGAGGGAGGUGGUGAUAGGGGGUUAGUAGUGCCUUGGUGCGACCAAUUGAAGGUGUUGUGCCAUUCUUCAGUAGGCGGAUUUUGGUCACAUUGCGGCUGGAAUUCAACUAAAGAGGCCAUAUUUGGUGGCGUUCCGGUGCUCACUUUCCCUAUUUUUUGGGAUCAGAUACCAAACAGUAAGAGGAUUACAGAAGACUGGAAGAUUGGUUGGAGAGUGAAGAGAGAGGAAGCAGAUGAAACUGUGAUGACAAGGGAAGAAAUGGUGGACUUGUGCAGAGGUUUAUGGAGUUGGAAAGUGAUGAGGGGAAAGAAAUGAGGAGAAGAGCAAAGGAAAUUCAGGAGAUUUGUCGAAAAGCUGUUGCAAAAGGAGGAUCUGCUGAAACAAACAUUGAUGCUUUCCUCAAGGACAUUUCACAAUGCCACAGCCAUUAGCCAGGUUUAUUCACUAAUUCCAUUAAGUUCUCAUAAAAUUAAUUGGUUUCGGGUUGAAUUCUAUUGUUGGGAUUUCUUGAAAUGUA